GUCAUCAGCUUGAGGACUUUCAUAUGCAGCAGGGCAGGUUUGGCGAUUGGGGUGGGGCGGAGGGGUGUGCUCAUGGGCGCGCGUGUAGCGGCGACGCCGAGAGGAUCGAGUAUGCGUCUUGGUGGUCCCAGUACGGGGCCGGUGCGCCCGAGUUGCAGCGGUGCGCUCUUCGUGUGAUGCACAUGUGGUCCUACGCCUCUCCAGCGGAGAAGAACUGGGCAGUCCACGAGGGCAUCCACACGAAGAAGUGCAACCAGUUGACCUUCGAGAAGGUCGUGCAACUGGUUGAGAUCACCGCAAAUGUGCGGUUGACAGAGUAUCGACGGGCAGGACGCGGUUAUGUGCUGUCAUGGCAGCGGGACGAGGGCAUGCUCGACUGCCAGCAAGGAAGGGGCUUGCAUGCAGGCACGAACCGGACAGAGGCGCGGAUGACGACUCCUGCUCCGACGAGGCCAGAGUCGUCCAUGCCACCACCUCCAACUCCGAGUCUUGCACCACCAUCGCCUGUCUCGCCACAUGAGCCGGCCACUGCAGCGGUGGACACGAAGGCGUUGGCAUCCUCCUUGCCUCAGCACGGACUUCUGCAGAGACCUGUGGUGAUCCGUCGACUGAGGUUACGAUCACCUUCCCCGGGGAUGUUGUGGGAGGAGGGGGUACCAUCAGCAGCACCAGUGGAAGGGGAGUUGGCAGCAGCGGAAAGGGACGUAGUAGCAGCAGCAGCCGUGGAGGGCGAGGUGGCAGCAGUGGAGGGGGAGGUGGCACCAAUGGAGGAAGAGAUAGCAGCAGCAACGGAGGAGAAGGUAGCAUCAACAACAACAGUGGAGGGGGAGGCGGCAGCGGCGGAGGAGGAGAUAGCAGCAGCGACACAAGUGCAGAAUGUUGCCAUGUAGUGUGAUGGUGCAGACGACGUUGAGGGUCGUGAGGUCGUCGAGGAGCGCCUCAUGCAGUAGUUCAUCACAGAGGAGC